AUGAUCAGACACUACAAGUCACCAGGAAGAUCAGACACUACAAGUCACCAGGAAGAUCAGACACUACAAGUCACCAGGAAGAUCAGACACCACAAGUUACCAGGAAGAUCAGACACUACAAGUCACCAGGAAGAUCAGACACCACAACUCACCAGGAAGAUCAGACACCACAACUCACCAGGAAGAUCAGACACCACAACUCACCAGUAUGAUCAGACACUACAAGUCACCAGGAAGAUCAGACACCACAACUCACCAGGAAGAUCAGACACCACAACUCACCAGGAAGAUCAGACACCACAACUCACCAGGAAGAUCAGACACUACAAGUCACCAGGAAGAUCAGACACCACAACUCACCAGGAAGAUCAGACACCACAACUCACCAGGAAGAUCAGACACUACAAGUCACCAGGAAGAUCAGACACCACAACUCACCAGGAAGAUCAGACACUACAAGUCACCAGGAAGAUCAGACACCACAACUCACCAGGAAGAUCAGACACCACAACUCACCAGGAAGAUCAGACACCACAACUCACCAGGAAGAUCAGACACCACAACUCACCAGGAAGAUCAGACACCACAACUCCCCAGGAAGAUCAGACACCACAACUCACCAGGAAGAUCAGACACCACAACUCACCAGGAAGAUCAGACACUACAAGUCACCAGGAAGAUCAGACACCACAACUCACCAGGAAGAUCAGACACCACAACUCACCAGGAAGAUCAGACACCACAACUCACCAGGAAGAUCAGACACCACAACUCCCCAGGAAGAUCAGACACCACAACUCACCAGGAAGAUCAGACACCACAACUCACCAGGAAGAUCAGACACUACAUGUCACCAGGAAGAUCAGACACCACAACUCACCAGGAAGAUCAGACACUACAAGUCACCAGGAAGAUCAGACACCACAACUCACCAGGAAGAUCAGACACCACAACUCACCAGGAAGAUCAGACACCACAAGUCACCAGGAAGAUCAGACACCACAGCUCACCAGGAAGAUCAGACACUACAAGUCACCAGGAAGAUCAGACACCACACGUCACCAGGAAGAUCAGACACCACAACUCACCAGGAAGAUCAGACACCACAGCUCACCAGGAAGAUCAGACACCACAACUCACCAGGAAGAUCAGACACCACAGCUCACCAGGAAGAUCAGACACCACAGCUCACCAGGAAGAUCAGACACCACACUUCACCAGGAAGAUCAGACACUACAAGUCACCAGGAAGAUCAGACACUACAAGUCACCAGGAAGAUCAGACACUACAAGUCACCAGGAAGAUCAGACACUACAAGUCACCAGGAAGAUCAGACACUACAAGUCACCAGGAAGAUCAGACACCACAAGUCACCAGGAAGAUACGACACUACAAGUCACCAGGAAGAUCAGACACUACAAGUCACCAGGAAGAUCAGACACCACAACUCACCAGGAAGAUCAGACACCACCAGGAAGAUCAGACACCACACGUCACCACACAAGCAUAAUACCAAGAACGACAAGUCAGGACACCAACUUGCAAGACUUAAGUCCAUUUAAACUUUGA